AUGGACGCCUACACGUCGCUUCUGAACCUCAACUUCAUGUCCGCAUGGCGGACAGGAAACAGUCUGGUCGACAUGAUCAUCGCCAUCAUUAUUCCCCUCUUCUCAAAUGCUGUGGCUCGCUUCUUCUCCGUCACGUGGCCGAGCUUCGUGCAACGAGUGUUAGAGCUUGCUAUCCCGAAGGCGGCGGAGGUGAAGAUUCAGAGUGGCCUUUCAGACCGUUAUCAUCGCGCGGUGGAUUUGACGGAAGGCUCUGUCCUUCAGGAAGCUGUGGAGCAUUACAUCAACGUGCAUGUGCGCCCCUUUUACUCUAACGGGGAGUUCGUGUUCAGCAACAUGGUCUCACAGGGUGAUGUGGUGGGGUCGAAGAGUCUCGCCCAGAUCCUACAACAGGAGUUCAAGCUUAUUAGCCGUCCGUCAAAGGAGAAGGUGGAGCUCCGCAAUGGUAUCGCCCUCGAGACGCGAGAAGAUGUUGACGGGGAUAAGGGCGACUCGGACGAUGCGAACAACAACAACAACAAGCACAGUUCCACGAAGGCUCAUGCAAAUAAGGAGAAGGGUGGGAGAGCAAUGUGUGUCAUGCGGGAGAUUGUCAUGACCGAGAAGGCUGGGGUCCUCAAUGAGUCCGACCAGACGCUUGACUUUGUGCGAACCGCAUUUGAUUGGUAUGUAAAGGACUUGGACCGCUUUGCGAGCACACAACGCUACCUGUACCAACCAAUCCAUACCGCUAAUACCGACGAGAAGGGGGGAACGGGCGAAGAUGCUGUGAUGAGGGUCUCACGAUACGCGCUGUGCGACGCGAAGACCUUUAAAUCUCUUUUUUUCCCAGAGAAGGAAAAACUCAUGGCGUUGAUUGAUCAGUUCGAGUCCAAGACAGGCAAGUUCAUGGUGCCGGGUUUUCCUCACAAGCUCACACUACUGCUCCACGGGCCGCCGGGAACGGGGAAGACAAGUCUUGUCAAGGCCAUUGCACAGUACACGGGGCGCCAUAUUAUCUCCAUUCCCCUCAGCCAGGUGCAAACCAACCGCGAGUUAAUUGCCUGCAUGCAUGAUCAUCUCUUCGAAUUGGAAAGUAACGGUCGCUACUGCAAGGUGUCGCUUGGUCCCGACAAGGUGAUCUAUCUUCUGGAGGACGCAGACGCCACCGCAGAUGUCAUGCUGGCGACGAAAGAGAAGGGCACUGUGUCAAAGAGGCGNACAAUAAAGGCCGGAACUGCGCAGCCACUCGACGCACUCAGCACAAAGGGACUACUGGAGGCCUUUGGGGGUAUAUUAGACGCCCCCAGGCGUAUAAUAGUGAUGACAACAAAUCACAUUGAACGCCUGGACAGCGCUCUCAUUCGCCCAGGAUUCAUCACUAUGCGGCUGCACAUGGGGAACUUCACAGAGGAGUACGCGUCGCAGAUGGUGACGCACUACUACGGUGCCGAGGCCGCCACACCGACGCGGAUGGGCCACCUGAAGCAGGUGUUGGAGCGGCUUGGUGCGAAGGGAAUUCACUUCAGCCCCUCCGAGAUGGAGCAGAUGUGCGCAGAGUACGACAGCAUCGAGGAGUUCAUCGGGGUGUUGAAGAGAGGGAGCAGGAUGGAUACGUACUGA